GAGAAGCGGAGUUUGCCCGAGGAAUGGGGCCCCGCGGCCCUUCUGCGCAUGCUCACUGGAAGACUGCUUGGGCGUUCCAAGGGGUCGGCUCCCCCGCCGGGUGGCGCGCGCUCCCGGCCAGAGCGGCGGCGCGCGGGCACGGGGCUCGCUCCCGACAGGACAGGUGGGGGCAGGGAGCGGGCGCUAGGGUUGUGGUGGCCUGAGGCGCCUGGGCCGCGAGGUCGACGCCUGUGGCUGCGGCGGCCAAGGCCAAAGGACCCGCCGCGGCUCGGUCUCCGGAGAGGGAGGGCUCCGCUGCCGCCGCCGCCCGGUCGGUGCCCGGUAAAAUCAGUCCAGAGGAUUGAUGGAAUUUGCCCCAGGUGUCGCACCGAGCAAGUCAGCCUCAGCCGACGGACCCCCUGGACUGCCAGGUUCCUGAGCAGGGAGGAGGAGGACGUGAACUCCACCUGCUGGGUCCUGAGCGUGGCCGCAGGGACGGGCCAUCAUCCCAGAAUGCCCCUGCCGGAGCCCAGCGAGCAGGAAGGUGAGAGUGUGAAGGCUGGCCAAGAGCCGUCCCCGGAGUCCCCUGAGCCAGGCACCGAUGUUGUCCCUGUAGCGCCCACAAAGCCCCAAGAAUUCUCCGAACUGGUCCUGCUGACGGCCUCCACCGAGAGCGUGGAUGGGGUGGACUCCCAGCCUGAAGGAGGGUACUGUGUCCUGUCCCUGGAGAUGUCUGGUCCUGAUGCACUGGUCAGGACCCCCCAGAUCCUGCCAGUGGAGGAGCAAGUGGGGGCAGUCCAGCCAACCCCCCAGGCCUUUGAGCAGAAGCACAACAAGCCAGACACAGCCCCCAAGCCCCUGGAGUUCCUGAGGACCCCUUUCGGGGGCCGCCUCCUGGUGCUCGAGUGCUUCCUGUACAAGCAGGAGAAGGCAGUGGGGGACAAGGUGUACUGGAAAUGCCGUGAGCACUGGGAGCUGGGCUGCCGGGGCCGGGCCAUCACCCGAGGCCCGAGGGCCACGGUGAUGCGGGGCCACUGCCACCCGCCCGAUGAGGAGGGCCUGGAGGCGCGGCGCCGGAGACAGAAGCUGCCCGGCCCGGCCCUGCCUGAAGGCUUGGGGGGUCCAGAUGGCCCUGGGGGCCGACCAGAGGAGCCGCUGGAAGGGGUGGGCUCGUGUCUGUGCCCUGAGGAGCCAAAGCCCAGCCCUAGGUUGGUGCUGAGCAAGCCAGCUGCAGAAGAGAAGGGGCCGCGAGCUGUGUCGCUGCUGAGCUUGCCCCCCAAGAAACGCCCGACGCUGGGGAUCGGAGAAGCCCGGCCCCUGGAGUUCCUGAGGACGUGCUAUGGUGGCAGCUUCCUGGUGCACCAGUCCUUCCUCUACAAGCGGGAGAAGGCCGUGGGGGACAAGGUCUACUGGACGUGCCGGGACCAUGCGCUUCACAGCUGCCGCAGCCGGGCCAUCACCCAGGGCCAGCGGGUGACCGUCAUGCGGGGCCACUGCCACCCGCCCGACGUGGAGGGCCUGGAGGCCCGGCGACAGCAGGAGAAGGCCAUUGAGACGCUGCAGGCCCGGCCUGGGGAACCUGGGGGCCAAGCGGACAAGCUGUUCCGAGGCGUGGACAGCCUGCUCUCCCGCAGGGGGCCUGGGACCCUGACUGUCACCAGAGCCCGGCCCAGGAAGCGCACAAAAGUCCUUCCGGCCCAGACCCAGGACCCGCAGGGAUCCCCUGCCGAGGACCAGGAUGAGGACCCAGGAGGCCCUGAGUUCCUGAGGACCCCUCUGGGUGGCAGCUUUCUGGUGUACGAGUCCUUCCUGUACCGGCGGGAGAAGGCGGCAGGGCAGAAGGUCUACUGGACGUGCCGGGACCAGGCCCGCAUGGGCUGCCGCAGUCGGGCCAUCACUCAGGGCCGGCGGGUGACCGUGAUGCGUGGCCACUGCCACCCGCCCGACCUGGGGGGCCUGGAGGCCCUGAGGCAGCGGGAGAAACGCCCUGGUGCGGCUCAGCGGGGGAGCCCAGGAGGCCCUGAGUUCCUGAGGACCCCUCUGGGCGGCAGCUUCCUGGUGUACGAGUCCUUCCUGUACCGGCGGGAGAAGGCGGCUGGGGAGAAGGUCUACUGGACGUGCCGGGACCAGGCCCGCAUGGGCUGUCGCAGCCGGGCCAUCACGCAGGGCCAGCGGGUGAUGGUGAUGCGCAGACACUGUCACCCGCCUGACCUGGGGGGCCUGGAGGCCCUGAGGCAGCGGGAGCAGAUCCCCAGCCCGGCGCAGAGGGAAGGCUCAGGAACCCUCCAGCCUCUGGAGUUCCUGAGGACGUCCCUCGGAGGCAGGUUCCUGGUGUACGAGUCCUUCCUCUACAGGAAGGAGAAGGCGGCGGGGGAGAAGGUCUACUGGAUGUGCCGGGACCAGGCCCGGCUGGGCUGCCGCAGCCGGGCCAUCACGCAGGGUCAGCUGGUGACUGUGAUGCGCAGCCACUGCCACCCGCCCGACCUGGCGGGCCUGGAGGCCCUGAGGCAGCGGGAGCGGCUUCCCAGAGUGGCCCUGCAGGCGGACCCAGGUGCAGGAAAGAUGGAGCUUCCCCCAGCAGCGCCGCCGUCCGUGCAGCCUGGCUCUCCGGAAAGCCCCCAGAUGCGUGGGUAACUGUGAGUUGUCUCGCAUCCCCUAGGUCACCCCCCACACGUAGUGGCUUAUGGCGACACUUACCAUCUCUCCCUUGCCAAUGGGCAAGAUGUCCGGAGUGGUCGGGUUUGUGGUUCUGGCACAGGGUCACCCUGAGGUUGAAGGAAAGCUGGGGGGUCGGGGCUGUGGUCACCUGAAGGCCCGCGGGGGCUGGGGGGGUGUCCCUUCCCCGGUGCCUCACUCUCUCGCUCACGUGGCCGUGGGCCCCAGCUCUCCCUGGGGGGCCACUCCUGCGAGUGACAGCUCUCUCCCUGCGACACGGGGGCCUGGAGGGGAGCAGCGGGUCUUCUCCCCAAGCGCGGGGGGUGCUCACCGGGCCAGACGGGACCCAGGCCCCGAAACAGCAGGACUCGUCCAGCAACAAGGACUGAGAUCACACAAAGGAUGUUAUGUCUUCGCAGCAGAGUGAAGCCAGAAAUGAUGGGGAGCUUACAGAUAUCGGAUGUCACCCCACUCCCGUGCACCCGGUGACUGGAAGAAAUCCCGAGACGAGCGGGACCUGGUCUGAAGUGAGCAGGAUGGAGCCGCGGCCCUGCAGACGCCUGGCCGGGGCAGAGCACCGCUUGAGGGAGCCUGGCGGCUGGAAAGACUUCCUUCAAGAAGAAGAAAGAUCUCCCUUUGGCAGCUUACGCUUCCAUGCUACGACGCUGGGAAAAGAAGAAAGGAGCAACCCUAAAGCAGAAGGAGGGACGUGAGAGAGAACAGACACCAAUGAAAUAGAGACGAGAAAAUGAACGCGACGAGAAGCUGGCUCUUUGAAAGGAUCCACCAAAUCGACAAACCUUUCACUACAUCGCCUCCAAAAGUGGUUUUUAUUUCUUUAUUAUUUUAAUUUAAUGUAAUUUUUUUCAAAAUUGGUUGUAAAGUUCUAGGGAAAACUCACGGGUGCCCGGCUGGCUCAGAGGGGUGUGUGAGACUCUUGAUCUCGAGGUCGUGAGUUCAAGCCCCACGUGGGGUGUAGAGAUUACUAAAAAAAUAAUACCAUUAUUUAUAUUUUUUUAGAAUUUAUU